AUGUACUUUUCUGAUUGGGCCUUCAGUCAGCGCAAGUCAGGCAAGAUUGAACGCUCCAACAUGGACGGCACCGGUCGAGAGGUGGUGAUCGACGAUGAGUUGCAGUACCCAAACGGUCUGACGAUGGACAGCAGACAAGGUCAUCUCUACUGGGUGGAUGCUUACACAAAGAAGCUAGAACGAUCAGAUCUAGACGGAAAAAAUCGAGUGCUCAUUCUUGAGGGCCGCGAUCUGGGUNCAAUCAAGUGGAUUGACGACAACGGUAUAGAGCUGAAGGAGGUGACCACCUUUAUCAAUGAAAGCUCACCGCUGAUGGAUCUGAAGAUUGUCACACCGGAAAACGAUCUGACGGCAGUGAACAGACUGAAGUGCACUCAACUGUCUUGUGCUCACCUCUGUCUUUUCACCUCUGCCGGUCCCAUUUGCAGCUGUGCUGAAGGCUUUUCUCUGGAACAAAGCGACAAAAAGAGCUGUUCAGCAGUGCCCGACUACAGGCGACCUUCUCUUUGCAAUAGCACCAUGUUUGAGUGUCGACAUACGCCUCAGUGUAUUGAUAAGCGACAUGUCUGCGACGGUGACAAG